AUGAAGUUGUUUAAUGUCUCGAUCCUGACCUCUGUUUUGGCUAUGAUGGCCGUGGCUAGAGGCGAUGCCGAUGAGGCUGCCAUUGCCUCUCCAGAUUCUGCCGUUGUGAAGCUGACUGCAGAGAGCUUUGAGUCGUUUAUCAAGGAGAACCCGCUCGUCUUGGCCGAGUUCUUCGCCCCAUGGUGUGGCCACUGCAAGCGUCUUGGACCAGAGUUUAGUGCAGCCGCCGACAAGCUUGUUGAAAAAGACAUCAAGCUGGCCCAGAUCGAUUGCACCCAGGAGAGAGAUCUAUGUGCCGACUAUGGUAUCCGUGGAUACCCAACUCUUAAAGUCUUUAGAGGCAACAACUCGCCGACCGACUACCAAGGUCAAAGAGAACAGGAAGCGAUUGUCAGCUACAUGAUCAAACAAUCCCUGCCUCCAGUGUCUUUGCUUGAGGACACGGCUGAUCUGCUGGACGCUCUAGCAGAUCUCAACGAACCAAUGAUCCUGCAGGUGCUGCCUCCAGACUCGAAGUCUUCUGGCAACGAGACAUUCCAUUCGUUGGCCAACCGCCUUAGAGACGAGUUCAGGUUUGUGUCGACCUCGAACCCGGAGUAUGUUGAGAAAUACGUCAAGGAAAAGUCCGCUCCAACCUACGUUGUUUUCAGACCGGGCGAAAAGACCGAGGAAGCAUCCAUUUUUGCCAACAAGACAUUAGACGAAGAAGGAUUACAAAAAUUCAUUAGUGUUGAGACUAAGCCUCUCUUCGGUGAUGUUACCGGUUCCACGUUCCAAUCCUACAUGGAAUCCAAACUUCCUCUAGCGUACUUCUUCUACGAAGACGAGUCCCAAAAAGCUGCUGUCGCGGACGAAAUCACCAAGUUGGCCAAGAAAUAUAGAGGAGAGAUUAAUUUCGCCGGGCUCGAGGCCAAGAAAUACGGAAUGCACGCUAAGAACCUCAACAUGCAGGAAAAGUUCCCACUGUUUGUCAUUCACGAUCUCCAAGCCAACCUCAAAUACGGCAUCGCCCAAGACAAGGACUUGGACUUCUCUGAGAUUCCUAAAUUUGUUGAAAACUUCAAGAAGGGCAAGCUGGAGCCAAUAGUGAAAAGUGAGCCUAUUCCGGAGACCCAAGAGGAGGCUGUCUACCACUUGGUUGGUUACGAGCACGACAAAAUUGUCAAUCAAGAGAAGGAUGUUCUGGUGGAGUACUACGCUCCAUGGUGCGGUCACUGCAAGAGACUUGCCCCUACUUAUGAGGAGCUGGCUGCUAUCUACAAGAACGACACCGCUGCCAGCGCCAAGGUUGUGAUCGCCAAGAUAGACCACACAGCCAACGACGUUGCGGGCGUCGAGAUCACCGGAUACCCUACCAUUUUCCUUUAUCCUGCUGACGGUUCUGGCCCGAUCAGUUACGAGGGACAAAGAACUUUGGAGUCCCUGGCUUCUUUCAUUCAAGAGAAGGGUACCUUUGGUGUUGACGGACUGGCUAUCAGGGACGCUAAGAGCGGAGGAGCCAAUGAGCCAGAGUCGGAUACCAAGGACACUACUCACGACGAGUUGUAA